AUACAUCUAUAGCUAUUUCUUUAAUAUGUAUUUGUUAUGCAUGCAUAUACACUAUUAUGUAUUAUAUAUAAUUAUCACAUGAACAACAUGGUUCUUACAACAUGGUUCUUACAUACAGGAGUUUAUAGUGUUAGUGGGAGUUGAAAGCAGCCACAAAGCCAAACAGUAGCAAUGCAGGAUAUGUACUGAUAAUUAUUAACAUAGAUUCAUUCAUUUACUCAAAGAUUGACUGAAAAUUUUCUGAAAACAAAGACAAAGGCUAAAGCAGGGGAAAGGGUUUUCAAGCAAGAGGAUUAGAAAUGGAUCUGGAAGGAUAUAAAGAAUUUUAAGGAGAGGAAGAGAAUUGAACUUGCAAUUGAAAAUGAACUGAAAGCUAAUUUUAGCAUGAGAAAUACAUACACUACUACUGUACACAAGCCACAUCUCAUUGUUGCUCCUCGUACUUAUCAAACUAGUUCAUACAGUUAACUAGAUAAUGCAAUGCUUGAAUGCUGACCUCUAAGAUUUGGACUAUAGGCAAUAAGGAGCCCUCUGAGGACUCUGCCUGAAGGAAUGAUAUGAGUAAAGCAGUAUUAUAGGGAAAUGAUCCUUGGGAAUCUCAGGAUCAAUCAGAAGGAAAAUCAAGAGGCAGUGGCAGGAAAGCAGUUAAGUUAUUCUAGUAUUUCAAGUCAGUGAUGAGAACUAAAGUGUUGCUACUAGAACAGAAAACUACAUACUGAAUAAUGUGGUAAUUUGUGUACACACUGGUUUUUUAAUGGAAUUUUUCUUAAAUCACAAAAGUUUUCAUCUACUUAAAAAAAUUUGUGUGUAGACAUUUAGUCAUUGUGAUUUGUAGUUAUUUGUUUUAAGGCUUUCAGUUGCUUCUCAAGAGUCUUCAACAAAAUAAACAUACCUAAUGGUUCUGUAUCUUCCUACAUCUUCAUGGUUCUGAGGCAAAGCAUCCUUUUUGUAACCAUUUUAUUUAUGUUGUAUAUAGCUAAAUGUUUUCCAAAAAAUUUGUGAAGUCACAGAAGCCACAAAGACAAAGCUUGUCGUUCUUCUAGCUGUGAGUUGAACUUUCCACCUAUGCAGUUUCACCAUUUAGUGUAACCGGAUGACUUGUCACAUAAUGAACUACACAGCUGAUUACAAUGUUGUAGAUAAACGUAAUAGACUUUGCUCUCUGUGAAUGACCAGCAAGGAAGCAGGGAAGUCUAAUCUUGGAAGGUUUCCUUCACUCCAAAGCAGACUGCAGUGUGAAUGAGCCUGGAAAAGCAGACGCAGAGGUGUUAUUUUGAAAAAGUCAAUCCAUUUUUCAUUUCUCCAGGCAUUAUGAAAAACCUAUGUUUCAGUCUCGUUACCAUGGUUGUAAGUCUUUAUUUCAUUGGGACAAUGACAAACCCAUCAAGAAAAAGCAUUAUUUCAUUCAAUGCUGAGUGCCAGUGGGAUGGAUAUCUUUUGACAAGUUGUUCUUUUACUGGAAAACAUAAUAUACAUGUGGACAUAUCACAGACAGCAACCACGGUGGAUUUAAGUUCCAGUUUCUUAAAGGUUCUCUCACAACCUCAUAUGAAAAGCAAAUGGAAUAUAAAACAUCUGGACCUCAGUAACAAUUGCAUAUUGAAAAUAACCUUAAGCCCUCUUACACAUUUCCAUGGUUUGGAAACACUAAGCCUCAGCAACAAUGCCAUUUGUACUAUCUCUUCAGACCUACCCAGUCCUAAGGUCUCAUGGAAGAAAUACCGCAAAAGUACCUUGAGAAAUGGACUUCCUUUUCUAAAGUUACUAAUCCUUAAAAGAAAUAAACUCAGUGAUAUUCCCAAGGGACUAUGGAAACUGAAGUCAUUGCAGACUUUGGAUCUAUCAUUCAAUGGGAUAUUGCAGAUCAGUUUGGCUGAUGUUCAUAACUGCCUGCACCUGGACAGCCUCCAUUUAAAGAGAAACAAGCAAUUCAGAAUUCAUCCACAAGUCUUCAAGAGGCUCAAAAAACUACAGCAGGUCGUGGGCCUCAGCAACAACGAGCUGACCGCCGUCCUUCCCAUGGUGACCAUGGCUCUAGCACUGCCCAAUCUGCAGGCCAACCUGGCUGGGACCCAGUGGCGGUGUGGCUGCCAUGUCGCUGUCUUCCAAAAUUUCAUUUCUGAAUCUUGGAGGCUAAAGUGGGAUAUAAUUUGCAACAAAUCUAUAAACAAUGAGGAGACAUAUUGGUGGACGCCAAAAAGGAGAAUUUCCAGAGAGACCCACCUUCCUCGAGUUCAGUGGAAUCACGCGGAUCGCUUCAUACAGAGCGAAGCUGAGCAGCCCUGGGAAGAAGUUCAUGUGCGCUUUCCCACCCUGCGGAACGAGGAACAUGCCAGUGCGGGUACCAGAGAGAAGCAGAGGUGGCUGUCAAGACGAGUUAGGAGCGCCGGGGAUGUGCAACCUCCUGGCAGCAAGGAAGCCCCGGCCCAGGACCUUGCCCUGGCUGUCUGCCUGGCAGUGUUCAUCACCUUCUUUGUGGCUUUCUGCCUGGGGGCUUUUACAAGGCCUUUCAUUGAUAGACUGUGGCAACAGAGAUGCCAGAACAAAAGACCCCAUUCUGUUCAUGCGCAUUCAAAUGAAGGCUUCGAUGAUGAAGUUGAAGCUGCAAGGAACAUCCAGUGGCACCCAAAUAUAGAUGCGCACCAAGGUUUCCAUGACCUAAACCUCCAUGAGAACCAAAACACUUUCCUGAGAACAGAGGCCAUCCUAGGUGCAGUUGUCCUUCCUGAUACAGCCCUGGCAACAAGUGGGAAGGCACCUGGCAGCCAGCAGAGCAGGGAACCAUGUGGGGCCCACACUGGGGCAUGGAGGGGAAGUCCUGACAAGUUUCCAGAGGACAGUGCAGCCCCUGCUGUUCUUGGCGCACAAGCAAACACUCAUAAUAAUGCACUGAUGUCAGCAGCACAGGACCACAUCUACAGGAAUGUUAUUGAAGAAGUUCAGUAUGAUACUGUGCCCCAGGAUAAUUUUCUCAGUGAGCACUCACUGCACGUCCCUGAUUGUUUACAAACUGUGUCUGGCUCCAUCCCUAACAUUUCAAAUGAAUUAGACCCAACACUCUCAAGAGACAAGACAGCUUCUCUUUCUCCAAUGCUAGCACAAACCAAAGCACAGAGCACUGGAGAGGCCCAGACAAGACGUGGCACCCAAAUCUCACCUUUGGAGCUUUCUAAGGAAAUGCAAACAAGCACUUACAUGAAUUGGCUGGAUUUACAGCAGCAAAUGCCCAAGAGGACCAGUGCUGAGCAAGAGCCUUCAAUCUGCUGCAAUGCAGUCACACUCUGUGGCCAAGGAGAUACAGACCCACCCUCACCUGUCUGUCCUUCAGGAUGGAAGAGUGACAUGGAUGUCACUCCUGCUAAUAGAGGAGCAGGCCAGAAACAUGCUCCUUCUGACACGCAGUAUGAAUUGGACAUCAACGAUGAUUCUGAUGAAGGGUCUUUAUUUACUCUAAGUUCUGGAAAUUCAGAAGAUGCAAGAAAUGGGACUGGAGAAGAGGCGUACGGUGAGGAUAGCUGUGGGGCUAGUGAGCCCCCAGAGAACAAAGACUUAGGGGUGAGGAAGGACAGUGUCAGGUCCUUAGAGGGUGGUGAGGAUAUCACUGCCCAGAAGAUUCCGGGGGAAUGUGAGACUCAGGAAGAUCAUUUUGAAAAACCUCUCAUUUCUGGUCCACACUCUGGUAUGUAUAAGACUUAUGUGGAAAGUACUUCUAACACCAAUAAAUCUGAGGAUACAUCGACUUUGUCAAGAUCACAGGGCAAUAGCCCUGUCAGUGAUGAAAUCCCAGGCAUGUCCACUUACGACUAUGUCACAGCUCUUCAACCCCAGGCAAUGGAGUGGCAAUACUCCCUUAAAGAUUUCAUGUCUUCAAAUGUGGAUAUUUCACCACAAACACCACCACCAUGUUCCGCCAAAAUUCCCUUAGAUCCUAAGAGUGACUGCAGUGGAAUAGACUCAGUCCAUGAACAUGAAUCUUCCAUCCAGAGAACAGACACUCAAAUGGUAUUACAACCCUCACAAGAUUCCAGAAGAGGCAAAAUGAAUUCCAACCCAUGGGACACUUAUGUAAAUGAGAGACUUGUGUAGCCUCUUGAGGACUGUGAGACCAAAAUGGUUGUAGGACAAAUACAGUUGUUGCAGACCUGUGGUGAUAGACCUACUUUUCAGUGUGAAAGAGCAGGGGAGAAUAUUUUGAAGAUGGCUCUAAGAGUCAGGUACCAUCAUUGCAAGAAUUCCCAAAUAAAUCCAGUUCACGAAGAACACAAGAGCACUUCAGUGAAAGAAAUGGGAGUAAAUAAUCAGAGAACAAGAGGUUGUCAUUAGAGAAAGGUAAUUCUGAUUUUUAUAUUCAAAUGCAGACCCAAAGCACCUGAUAGGAACUGGCUCUCUACGUGGUGACCAGCUCUACUACUAAAAAGACAACAACACUCAACUUGAAAUCAAGGGGAAGUCAAGUAACUAUUUCAGUACAGGCUGAAGCACUUUGAUGGAACCAUUAAAAAGACUUUAACAAAUUCUGCCCAAAGACCAGCACAAUUUUUUGGGAUUGAUCAUGCAAAAUUGAGGGACUCAAAGCAAUUAAAUUUUUUUUAAUGUUAUGUUGAAAA